UGGGAUUCGGCGGUGGUGCAGGAUGGAAUUAUCUCACGGCCCUACGUUGUGAGAGUUGUGCCUUGUUUUGUGGCUCCAUCGCCUUUUCACGCUCUCGUGUUACCAGGUCCUGCUGCACGUCCCCGCUGUUGGUCUCGCUUCCACUGCAGUGCACAUCCGCGGGCAGUGAAGGAAUGAUUAUCUUCUUGUCCGAAACAGGAGUUUAAAAGAAAUGUGGUUACUGCGUUGUUUCGAUUCCGAGAAGCGGUAAACGGGUAUUAUCAGGUGUAGCGGGAGUUUGAGUAUCGUGAAGAGGUUUUCACGACCGAGAUUUGUGCGGGUGUGCAGCUUUGGAUUUGGUAGUUUGUGCAGCGGAGAUAGCAUCUCUAGUGUUGGUUCACGUGACGUAGAGCAGGUGAAGAAUUGCUCCGCGGCUUGCACCCACUCAAGUCCGUGCAAACACAAAAUUUCACGAAGACCAAUUAGCGAUUAGCUAUAAAUUGGAUUCGGGAAGCAUGCCUUCCUUUUGUUCCUGGUAGCUUAAAAGCUUCACCUUCGCAUGGGCUCAUGAGGGUUUUUUGACGGGCAGGAUGGCAACUCUUUAAUUGAAUUGGAUUACUUGGGUUUUUUAUGAGACACGCAUCAAUUUUUAGAUGUUAGGUAGGUGAUAACCUUUCUCCAGCGGAGUACAUUGAAGACAUAUUGGAACAUCAGAGGGAACAAAGACGUUAUUAGCCUGGACAUAGAACUGAUAGUUCCAUGAGUGCCUAUGUCAAGGACUUAGUUAUUUAGUCAUUGGGACACAAUGGCUCGUGGAAAAAUGAGUGGGUUGUACCGUGGUAGUGGCGAUUGGCAUGAGGAUAUUACAAAGUUUAUUGGAGAAAAGAGGGUUGAGUAUCCUCCUAAGGUGGUGAAGAAAACUAAGGAGUUGAUUACCAAACAAGCCACAGUAAUAGCUAAGCGUGCAGAUGAGCAUGAAGAUUUUUUAACAAAGGUGACAUAUUGUAUAGGAGUUGUCUCCUUCGGGACAUUUUGCUACUUGUUGGGUUCAAAACCUGCUGAUAUUCCUAAGCUGUACUGUCUGUUCUUUAUCACGGUGGCACCUCUAAGAUGGAUCUAUUAUCGUAUCAAGAAAUGGCAUUAUUACCUUUUGGAUUUUUGCUACUACGCCAAUGCAAUAUUUGUAGUGAUGCUUCUCUUUUACCCAACGAAUGACAAAUUGUUCCUGAUAUGCUUCUCUUUUUCAGAGGGACCACUGGCAUGGGCUCUAAUUGUUUGGCGCUGUAGUCUUGUGUUCAGCUCUAUCGACAAGAUUAUAAGUGUUCUUAUUCAUCUACUUCCAGGGACGGUUUUCUUCAUUAUAAGGUGGUGGGACCCAAUCACGUUUGCACAUCACGCUGUUGAUGACACAGGACCCUGGCCAGCGUGGCCUCUCUUGGAGAAUGAUCGGCAGUUGUGGACAUGGCUCUUUGUUGUGCCCCUCAUUGCAUACAGUGUCUGGCAGAUCCUCUAUCUGCUAGUUGUGAAUGUGCUUAGGCAUCAACGGCUGCUGAAGGAUCCCGAAGUCAUGACGUCAUUCAGAGAACUUUCUCGCAAGGCAUCCCGUGCGAACAAUAUCUGGUGGCGUCUCAGUGGAUUGUUAGGCGAUAACAACCGUGUUGCAAUGUAUGCUAUACUGCAAGCCAUAUUCACCGUUUUUACCAUGGCCCUUACGAUACCAUUGUUCAAGCAUUAUAAAGUCCACAUCACUUUUGAGUGUUUGAAGGUGGCAGCCUCUGUUUGGAAUGGUGGAAUUUUCUUCUUUGAUGUUCUGCCACGGAAGAUGGACGCCAAGAAGAAGAGGAAGUUCGUUCCCACUGUCGAGGCUGCAGCAGUUUCAGUUUCUCUCAACACCACCGGUUUGCCUAUUGAAGGUGCUUCAGUCCUUGAUCCGCCUCUCUCACCUGGCAGAGAUACUUUAAAACUGGAAGAGUUAAAAACUGCUGACAGCGAGUAUCUUUGCUCUUUGUGCAAGAAGCCAAGCUCUAUUGAUCUCAAUGACGUCGAUGCAUACGAGAGCUUUGAUGGGCAAGUACAUGUUCGCAAUGGACGGAAACUUGAUUCUGAUCAACCAGUUACCAAUGACAUUGGUUUUCCGAAGCAGAGCACUUCAAGCUCGAGCAAGGAAUUCAAUGCUAUUAAAGGAUCGGUUGCCUCUCAACUACAGGCAGCUGUCUCUGCAAGCUGAUGCACUGCAACAGCGCCGUCGACAAUUGGAGGGAAUGUAAAUUGGGUGUCGAAAAAAGUUUUAUGAUGCUGUCACUGUUUAACUUCUGCCUUGAUUGGUUCUAGCGUAGGGAUGUCUCUAAUGCUAGUUACUUUAAUGGGCUUUACAUAUGGUGUCAACAAUUAGAACCAAUAGAACAAUUAGAGUUGAUCAGCCGUUUGCAUUUUCAUCAUGUGAAAUGUGAUGGAAUUAGUGGCUCCGUGUAUAGUAAACCAUCAUUAGGUAUUACAUUAUACCACUUACAGAGAAUGACUGUUAUGGUAUCACCAUACCCUACAGAGUUGUACAGUAGUAUGCUGCUUCAAUAAAACCCAUCAGUUGUGUGUUCUUCUA